AUGUCCUUCUUCUCUAGGAAGAAGCAUGCACCACAACCCGCAACCGUCCCUGCGAUCGUCCAGUCCCCCAGCGCCGCCCUCGCACAAAUAGGUGCGUCACAGCAGCCUCAACCGGCCCAGCCUCAAAAGCAGCUGUCCAAGGAGAGCAGUUAUGAGAGUGCUCUCAACGGGCGCGGGAGCCCUGCCAUGGGCAUGAAUGGCCUGCCACCUCAAGUCCAGCAGCGGCCCAACAGGAACGGAAAUGUCGGUGCGGAGGUCAACGGGUCGCCUUCGCUAGCUGGUACCCAGCCCCAGCCAAGUUCUUCACAGCUCGUCCAGCAACAGCCGCUACCUCCACAGCAGCAGCAGCAGCAGCAGCAACAACAACAGCAACAGCAGCAGCGCUCGGCGUACCCCUGGUCGCAACGCCGUCUCGUCCUCCCGCCCCCGGUGACGAUUCCCAAGCCCGGCGUGGCGCCUCCAACGAAUCCCUCGCCAUCGCCAUUCCCUCGCUAUGGUCAUGCUCUACCCGCUACGGCGACGGCAACGGGGGAGCUCUUCCUCUUUGGCGGUCUUGUGCGCGAGGCCGUCCGAAAUGAUUUGUAUCUCUUGUCGACGCGAGAUCUGUCCGCCACGCUGUUGCAGACUGCCGGGGAGGUCCCAUCACCGCGGGUGGGCCAUGCGAGCGCCCUCGUUGGGAGCGUGCUUAUUGUGUGGGGUGGAGACACGAAGACUAACAACAAGGCGAAGCCGGGAGAUAAGCAGGAUGACGGGUUGUACCUCCUUAAUCUUGUCUCUCGCGAGUGGACCCGUGUAGCUGUGUACGGGCCUGGCCCCGUGGGACGGUACGGCCAUGCCGUUACCAUGGUCGGAUCCAAGUUCUACAUGUUUGGAGGCCAGGUAGACGGAGAAUUCUUGAACGACUUAUGGGCAUUCGAUCUCAAUUCACUGCGAACGAAGGCGGCGUGGGAGUUGGUUGAGCCAGCGGAGGGCUCACCGAGACCUGCGCAACGGACAGGCCAUGUCUGCGUGACUUAUGGGGACAAGAUCUAUCUUUUUGGUGGAACGGACUGUCAGUACCACUACAAUGACACUUGGGUGUUCGAUACCAUUGUCAAUACGUGGUCGGAACUCACAUGCAUUGGGUACAUUCCUUCCCCUCGGGAAGGCCAUGCUGCAUCUCUGGUGGACGAUGUCAUCUAUGUCUAUGGCGGAAGGGGGGUUGACGGGAAAGACUUGGGUGACCUUGGCGCUUUCAAGAUCUCCAACCAGCGGUGGUAUAUGUUCCAGAAGAUGGGCCCUUCACCAAGUGCUCGGUCUGGGCAUGCUAUGGCGUCAAUGGGCUCGAGGGUAUUCGUCUUGGGUGGUCUCGGUGGGGAAUCGUUGAAUCCCGCAAAGCCUGAAGACCCAACCAUUAUUCAUGUUUUGGAUACCAAACAUAUCAAAUACCCAGAUUCCAACAAACCACCUCCGUCAGGUCCUCCCACUAAUGCCAGGAAGUCUUCCGUUGGUCAGCCAGGCACGCAGCAAUACGGGAAUACGUCUCCGAGUGGCGUCAUCAACGGUGUCCGUUCGAUGUCGCCCGAGACGAUGUCGGACGCCGAGGAUCUUCGCCGUGCCAUGUCGCCUACGAGCUUGCGGUCUGGCAAGGGUCCCAACGGCGUCGCACCACAGUCACUGUCGAGUAUCGCCAAGGGCAAGGCGCCAAUGCGGCCGAAGCGCGAAGAUGAAGAGGACGGUGAGAGCAGUCCGGAUGCGUCUUCGUCAGAGCCCCAUGCGCGGGAGCGGGCGAUGUCUCCAGAGCACGGUCGCGCGAAGAGCCCGACGUAUAAUGUGGGCCGUGCUAUAUCUCCAGUUUCUGGCGAAGGACACGAUACCAUGCAGCCCAUGAGUAUGGCGAAUGUCGCGAUGGCGAGGAAUGGGAUGGCUGCGCGAAGUCCGUCGCCAAAUGUCGAGCGCAGCAGGGUCCCGCUGGAGGCGUUCUACAGCGGGAAGCCUGGUUCUCCAACGCCCAAUGGUUAUGCGCACAAGCCAGGCUCUACCGGGAACUUGACUGCUGACCUUAUCCGAGAUCUGAAGGAUAAGGAGGCUGAUAUGGAGGUCUUGAAGAAGAAACAGGCAUGGAUGCGAGCCGCGCUGUCCGAGGCGUCGCGCUCUGGGUUCGUAUAUACGGGGACAGAGGAGGAGCUUGCGUCCCGGGUGGAUUCUGACGACAUAGACGGUCGAAAGGUGACGGAAAUGGUCAUCAACUUUAAACAAUUGAAGGCUAAGCUGCAGGCCAGCGUCGUCGAGCAGGCGAAGGAGGCCUCAGCGCGUGUGGUCGAAGCUGAGCGACUACGAACCAGUGCGAUCCAGGAGACGGCAUUCUAUCGCGCAAAGGUGGCUGCGCUGGAAGCUGCGUCCACGAUGGAAUUUGAGAAGUUGGACCGUGAGCGCGUCGCUGACUUAGAGGGCCAGCUGUCGACUGUCAUGACAGAGCAAGCGGAGAAGGACCGCAAGAUCAAGGAGCUCGCUGACUCUCUUGCAAUGCAGACCAAACUCCUAGAGCAAGCUGAGGCACGGGCUGACGACGCCUCAAGUCGCGCCGACGUGCUUGCUCAGUCGCAUGACCGGACCACAGAAGCGCAUCGAACGUUGCAGGACAAGCAUUCCGCCAUGGAAUCCACGUUCCAUGAGCAGGAAGAGAGACUGCUCACUCAGAGCUCGCUCCUAGAACAGCGUGAGGCAGAUUAUCUGAAAGCUCAGUCGCAGAUCGAGGAAUUGUUGCUCUCCCGGGAUCAGCAUGUCCGUGCUCUUGAACAGGCACGCACCGCGUUGCAGACAUCUUCUGCACGUGCGGAGGAAGUUGAUGCCCACAAUCUCCAUGCUCAGGAACAGGUCACUCAGCUCGAGGCGGAUCUUGCAGAGCUUCGUGGAGAACUCGAGGCGCGUACCACGGAGGUUGAGUCUGCGAGGGCACGCAUUGCGGAUGUGGAGAACUCGUGGGCCAAGUCUCGCGAGGAGGCGGAUGCAUUCCGCGCGCUGACAACUGGUGGUCUGGGCGACUUGCUUGAUUCCCAUCGCGAUCUCAAGCGUGAUGAGGACCGUAUGUCGCGUGGCCAUGAGGAGAAGAUUGCUGCUCUGCAGCAGGAGGCAGCCUCUCUGCACGACAUGGCAAAGGAUGCCUCUCGUCGCACUGAUGAAAUUCAGAGCGAGCUUGCUGAGGAGCGCCGGAAAACUCGGGAAUCGGAGUCGGAGGCGCUGUCGCUCCGGUGUCAAGUUGUUGGUCUACGUGCUCAGCUCUCUAGUACACUCGCUGACAGCGGUCGCCUUCGGAGAGACUUGGCUGCGAAAGAGGCAGAGAUCCAGUCGCGCAUCAGAGAGGCUUCAUCUGCUGACGUUCGGUGGGGCACCAUGCGGAAGUUCUUGGCGGAGAACGGGAUCGUCGCCGACGGUGAUGAUUUACGAAGUAAUGGUGCUUCCUCCUCGCGGCUGGCGCAACUCGAACGCGAGUUAUCUGAGCAGACUCGCCAGAACGAGAUCGCCGAAAGGGGGCUGCAGUCCGCGUUGCAGCAGAAACAGGAUGCAGAGUCCCAGGUUGAGAGUCUAUCUGCCGAACUCGACCGGCUGCGGAAUUCGCGGAGUCCGAUGCGCAACGGCGUGGACAGUGAAUCGGAUGCGCGUGCGCUCGAAGCUGAGCAGAAGCUCGAGGAGACCGAGGCCAGUUAUAAAGCGCGUUUGCAGCAGUUAGAGGAGGAUUAUCAACUUGCUGUUCAUUAUGUCAAGGGAACAGAAAAAAUGAUGCGCAAGAUGAAAGACGAGUUGACCAAGCAAAAGGCCCUCAAUCAGAGUAUGCAGUCCGAGAUUGAGCGUGGAUCAAGCACGGAGCCAGGUUCGCGAAGGAUUAACGGCCGUAAUACCCCCUCAUCAGACGAUAGCCACGACGCUCUGCGUACCCAGCUAGUAGACGCUCAGCGACAGGUCCAGCGGCUCAACAGCGAUAACAGGGAGCUACGACUGCGCAUUGAUACCUUGGAACGCGAGCUGGAACACAUGCGUGACAACGUCAUCGCAUCUCAACAAGAAUCCGAUGAACGUCUAUCGCGUAUUGAAGAACUUGAAUCGGACGUCGAAAGGCUGCAAAAUUCCCUGGUCAUUGCUCGAGGCAGCCACGACGAGACCGUGCUGGAGCGCCUCAGCAAUGAGAACACCACCCUCAAACGCGAAAAUGAGCAGCUGUCGCACAAAAUCGGAUUACUGCUGGAAGCUGACCAGCCAGCCUUUGGCCAUGGUCGCCCUAUAUCUGGUAUAUCGGAACGUCCAGCAAGCACGUCCAGUUCGGAAAAUGCUUUGGAAUUCGAGCACUUGUCGACGCAAUUGGAUGACUGGCAGCGUCAGGUGGCCAGCUCCAUGAGCACUCGGCGACCUCUUCCCGACUUUGAUUCGCCAUCUGGACAUGAGCGAACAAGAUCGCGUUCAUGA